UUGAGAGCGUUAAUUCAAAGAGUAGCCCAGGCCGCCGUAACGGUGAAUGACCGCGAGGUAGGCCGCGUCGGGCCAGGGUUGGUGGUGCUAUUGGGCGUAUCGGCCGAUGAUACGGAGACCGACGCCAAAUACCUGGUAGAAAAGACCGUCAACCUGAGAAUAUUUGCCGACGACCAGAACCGAUUCAACCUCUCCGCCCUGGACACCGGGGCGGAGUUACUCGUUGUAAGCCAGUUCACGCUCUACGGCGACACCCGCAAGGGGCGCCGCCCGGACUUCACCAAGGCGGCCCCGCCAGAUCAGGCUCAAAGACUUUACGAACACACUGUGGGCCUUUUCCGUGACGCCGGCCUAACGGUAGCCACGGGCGUGUUCCAGGAACAUAUGCAGGUCUCCCUGCAGAAUGACGGGCCGGUAACUUUGAUGCUGGAUAGCGCCGACCGCCACCGCCCGAGACGGUAA